AUGACUGUGAAAAAAUUGAUCCUAUACGGGAGCAGUAUCUGUGCAUUGCUCCUUCUCAUCGUCGUGGUCAGCGCCGCCUCGGUUCAGCGAGAGUCUCAAACCCUCAUGGCAACUGCAUUCAUUGGGUUUGGCUUCCUGUUCUGUAUACUGAUGACUGGAAUAACCUGGACCCAAGAGUGUAAAAACCAGGUUGAGGCCUCUUUCCUAGACGUGUAUGAUGAUAUCUACGAGCAGGUUCUUAGGAGGUCUUCUGAAGAAGCAAAGAAGCAGCUUGUAGAAACACAUGAUAUAUUUCAGUGCUGUGGAAAGACUGGGGGGCAUCUGAACAUUCCUGAUGCCCACAAUUUUUGCAAGAGCCGAGAAGAAGAACAAGACUGUGUGUCCAUAAUAUCUAAAGCUUUGCACAUACAUUUACACUGGAUUAGAAUGUUGCUGCUCCUGUCUCUAGGAUUCACGGUCUAUGGCAUGGUGCUUACUUCCUUUCUCUACUUCUCUCUGCCAAGAGGAAACGUUUGGGGCCGCAGAGGAGAAUACAGACUAAACAAUGCUUUAAUCUGCCCCCCGGGUACCACACAGGAUACCCCACUUUCUCAGCUUCUGCCGUACCAUUCAGCACAAUGAAGGGUUCUCUUUAUUCAAAUAGCCAGCACUAGCCCU